CAUCAUUUAUAUGCUCUAUUUAUUUUUCAGAUAAAAUGACAGAGAUUAUGAAGAAAGAAUUAGAUGUCAAGAAGUUUGAGAUAAGCUCUACUGUAGAGGAAACAUGUUUUGUUGUUAUACCUGAAGAUGAAAUAGAAAUAAAGCUGGAAAAUACAGAAAUACAAGGAGAAAACUCGGAGAACAAAUUUGAUUCUCUGCGAGCUGUUCCAAAGAUAAUCGAGGAAAGUCAAGAUACCUACCCCUGUCUUGAAUGUGACUAUUUUGCAACUACAAAUUCAACUCUAAAGAGACAUAUUGAGAGUAGACACGAAGGAUUAAGAUAUCCUUGUCCUGAAUGUGAAUAUGGUGCAACUACUGCAGGUUCUCUGAAGAUUCAUGUUGAAAACAUACAUGAAGGAUUGAGAUAUCCUUGUUAUCAAUGUGAGUUUGUUGCGACUUCAGCCAGAAAUCUAAAGAUUCAUGUUGAAAAAGUACACAAAGGGGUGAGAUAUCCAUGCUCACAAUGCAAAUAUGCUGCAACUACAGCAGGUGAUUUAAAGAGGCACGUUGAAAGUAAACAUGAAGGUAUAAGAUAUCCUUGCUCUGAAUGUAAAUAUGCUGCAACUCAGAAAAAAGACUUAAAGAAACAUAUUGAAAAUAAACAUAUAGGAGUUAGAUAUCCUUGUAGUGUAUGCGAGUAUACUGCAUCCGACACAAGUAACCUGAAAAAACAUGUUGAAAGUAAACACGAAGGAGUUAGAUAUUCUUGCGUUGAGUGUGAGUAUGUUGCAACUUCAGCAUAUUAUUUAAGAAGACAUAUUGAAAAUAAACAUAAAGGAGUGAGAUAUCAAUGUUGUAAAUGUGAGUAUAGUGCAACUACAGCAAGUAAUCUGAAGAUGCAUACAUCAAGUAAGCAUGAAGGAGUGAGAUAUCCUUGUUCUCAGUGUGAGUUUACUACAACUAGAGCAAGUAGUUUGAAGAAACAUCUUGAAAAUAAACACUAAAUUAACAAUCUGAGGAGAAAGUUGACAAAUAAACAUUUCAGUUAUUCAUCCCGGACUUAAAUUAACUUUUGAAAAUUCCACCAAGUGAUAUUAUAAUUUUUUUUCAUCAGCACAAUAGUUCAAUGUAGAUAUGAUCUGUUUGAUUAAAAAACAUAUAUUGA